UUAUACGCAAUUGACCUUUGAUCAAAGUACAAUAGACCUUUUCAUGCUGAUCAUUCUGUCCUCUUCCAAGAUAUCUAUGAUUCACAAUUUUCGAUGAAAUUAAAUUUGUCAUAGAACAUUAAGAACCGUAAAAAAACAAUCAGAAAAGUGCUGUUAUCCAUCUCUAACUUGCCCAUUAUACAUACUACUCUUUAAAAAUGUUGAGGAUAAUUUAUUUUUUCACAAUAGUAGUGUUUACAGUUUUCCAUGAUUCACUUUCUUUAUCACAGCAAUGUGAACUAACAAACAAUAAUUGUGAAAAACUGCAACCUGAUGUCAAUAAAUGGAAACAACAGCCUAAAUCAAUGGAUGAAUCAGAUCAUGUCUCGAGAGCAAUAAAUAAUAAUGAAGAUGAAGAAAAAAUAAAAAAUUGUGAUUUAUUUUCUAUUUUAAGUGAAGACGUGCCUAAAGAAGAAAUUAAUAAAGCAAUUAAAAAAUGUCUAAAAGAUGGAGCCAAUGUAAAUGUUAAAGAUAAGGAUGGUAGUACAUUUUUGGGCAUAUCUGCAAAAUAUGAUAACUUUGAAUUGGUAAAAUUGGCGAUAGAAAAUAAUGCAAAUAUCAAUGCCACAGACAAUAAAGGUAAUACUGCUUUACAUUAUGCGGUUGCAGUUCAUAACUACGAAAUGGUGAAAUACCUUAUAGAGAAUGAAGCAUUUGUUAAUGCUCAAAACAAUAUGGGUAAUACUCCUUUACAUGUUGCGGUUUCUGAAUCUUUUUUAAAUGAUUGAAAUAAUUUUUUAGUUUUUCAAAAUUUUCGAUGACAAAAAAAGUCUAAAUUUUGAUAAAUUAAUAUAAAUUAUCUAUAUAUAAAAAUAAAGAACAAAAACCUUCUGUUAUAAAUUGCACAUGCAUGCAAUUUUUAAUCAUAUUGUCAAUUUUAAAUGAUUUAAUAAUUGUUUGCAUUCUCAUCUCUCCUUGACUCUUUGCGUUUAUAUGCAUUUCUAAUAUAAAGUCAAAGUUUUAUUGCGUUUAAUGUAUCUUAUUAAAUGUCUACGACGUUAAGUAACCAUCUGUCGAAAAAUGACCGAUAAAACAGUAUAAUUUUUUUAGUAAACAAAUCAAAAAAAUAUAUAUAUAUAUGAAUAAUAGAAGAUCCCAAUAGAUCUAAAAUUUCUCCUGGUGGUAAUAAUUUUAAGAAUUUAAAAAUUUCUUUUUUAAAAUUAGAAGAAAAAAAAAGU